GGUGAAUGAGUAGUUUUGAAAAUGAUAAAGUAAAGCUACCAUCUUUGGGCCUCUCAGGGGGAAAUACAUUAAGAAGGCAGCUGGACAAAGACCAGUCUCCCAGAAUUGCCCAGGCUAUCCUCUGACUUUCAAUUCUCAAGCUUGCAAUCCUCCUGCCUCUGCAUCCCACAGUGCUAGGAUUACAGCAAUGCAGCAAGUCUUGGAAAACCUUACAGAGCUGCCCUCAUCUACAGGAGCAGAAGAAAUAGACCUAAUCUUCCUCAAGGGAAUUAUGGAAAAUCCUAUUGUGAAAUCACUUGCUAAGGCUCACGAGAGGCUUGAAGAUUCAAAAUUAGAAGCUGUCAGUGACAAUAAUUUGGAAUUAGUCAAUGAAAUUCUUGAAGAUAUCACACCCCUAAUAAAUGUGGAUGAAAAUGUGGCAGAAUUGGUUGGUAUACUCAAGGAACCUCACUUCCAGUCACUCUUGGAAGCACAUGAUAUUGUGGCAUCAAAGUGUUACGAUUCACCUCCAUCAAGCCCAGAAAUGAAUAAUUCUAUCAAUAAUCAGUUAUUACCAGUAGAUGCCAUUCGUAUUCUUGGUAUUCACAAAAGAGCUGGGGAGCCAUUGGGUGUAACAUUUAGAGUUGAAAAUAAUGAUCUGGUAAUUGCCCGAAUCCUUCAUGGAGGGAUGAUAGACCGACAAGGUCUACUUCAUGUUGGUGAUAUCAUUAAAGAAGUCAAUGGCCAUGAGGUUGGAAACAAUCCAAAGGAAUUACAAGAAUUACUGAAAAAUAUUAGUGGAAGUGUCACUCUGAAAAUCUUACCAAGUUACAGAGAUACCAUUACUCCUCAACAGGUAUUUGUGAAGUGUCAUUUUGAUUAUAAUCCAUACAAUGAUAAUCUGAUUCCCUGCAAAGAAGCAGGACUGAAGUUUUCCAAGGGAGAAAUUCUUCAGAUUGUAAACAGAGAAGAUCCAAAUUGGUGGCAGGCUAGCCAUGUGAAAGAGGGAGGAAGUGCUGGUCUCAUUCCAAGUCAGUUCCUGGAAGAGAAGAGAAAAGCAUUUGUUAGAAGAGACUGGGACAAUUCAGGCCCUUUUUGUGGAACUAUAAGUAGCAAAAAAAAGAAAAAGAUGAUGUAUCUCACAACCAGAAAUGCAGAAUUUGAUCGUCAUGAAAUCCAGAUAUAUGAAGAGGUAGCCAAAAUGCCCCCCUUCCAGAGAAAAACAUUAGUAUUGAUAGGAGCUCAAGGUGUGGGCCGAAGAAGCUUGAAAAACAGAUUCAUAGUAUUGAAUCCCACUAGAUUUGGAACUACUGUACCAUUUACUUCACGGAAACCAAGGGAAGAUGAAAAAGAUGGCCAGGCAUAUAAAUUUGUGUCACGAUCAGAGAUGGAAGCAGACAUUAAAGCUGGAAAGUAUUUGGAACAUGGGGAAUAUGAAGGAAAUCUCUAUGGAACUAAGAUUGACUCUAUUCUUGAAGUUGUCCAAACUGGACGAACUUGUAUUUUGGAUGUCAACCCACAAGCACUGAAGGUGUUGAGGACAUCUGAAUUCAUGCCAUAUGUGGUGUUUAUUGCUGCUCCAGAGCUAGAGACAUUACGUGCCAUGCACAAGGCUGUGGUGGAUGCAGGAAUCACUACCAAGCUUUUGACGGAUUCUGACUUGAAGAAAACAGUGGAUGAAAGUGCACGGAUUCAGAGAGCAUACAACCACUAUUUUGAUUUGAUCAUCAUAAACGACAAUCUAGACAAAGCCUUUGAGAAACUACAAACUGCCAUAGAGAAACUGAGGAUGGAACCACAGUGGGUCCCCAUCAGCUGGGUUUACUGAUGAUUCAAUAAGGUUAACAAAACUUUUCAAAAGCAACUCAAUAAAUCUUCUACUGAGAAAAUACAUGCACAGAUAGAAGAUACCUGCCAAGUCCAGGCAUUUUUAUUGUGUAGAUUAAAAUAACAGUACACUAUUCUAAAUUUUUAUAUAAAAUAUGGUUGAGAAGGUAUAUAUAAUUUAUCUUAAUUUUUCUAACUUUUUAUGAAUAAUCUUUCUAUUCAUACCACAUAAAGAAAUGCGUUGAAGCAUUUUGUAUAUGUUUUGAUUUGGUACUCUUGCCUUUUUCAUCAAAAGAAUUUUCAAAUCAUUCACUUUAACAUGAUCUCACAUUUUCACUGUGAUACUGAAUACUUGAAAUAGUUUUAUAAAGCUGUCAUUUAGUUCAGUAUUUAGUGAUGGGUCAGUUACUCUUAUUAGAAGAAAACAGUAGUAUUGGCCUUCCUUCUUAAUCGAAUUUCUUACAGAAGCAGAAUUUUAAUGUCAGUGCUACAAGUGUACUACCAUCUAAACCUGACAUCAAAAAUCUGUUGAGUGCCACUUUUUUCCUUUCAGAGAUGUAUGGCUAUCCAUUCUAGUUUACGCAGAUAAUUAUUUUUCCCUUUGUUUCUAUCUUUAGUGGAAAAAAAAAAAAAGAGCAAUACCUCGCACUCUCUUUUGAAGUUAUUCUUUUUGUUUCUUGCAGUGAAAUGUGGUUGCUAAUUUGACAUGUACACAUUAAGGUCAGGCUGGAAGCAAGGUCAUGCAGACUGAGAGAGUGCCUUAUUCUGUAAAAACCUUACAUGAAGUGACUCUUGAAGAAAGUUUUAUUUUCACAUGUAAAAAUUUGAAACUAACAAUGUAGAGAUUUUUUUUAAGGAUAUGGUCAGCAAAAGUAUCAUGCCUCUGCAAAUUUGUCUUGUUAGAGAUGCCUUUAAGUUUACAGUUGGAGUUUUUGUGAAUGAUUGAUAUGCUUUUUGAACAGUGAUGUAAUUGUUAGGGUAUGUGUUCUAUUUGUUGUGAUGAAAACCAAAUCAUUUGAACAAAAUUUGGAAAUGAUUGUCACCUGUU